ACUACUACCAUGUUCACCACCGGUUUACACUGGAGAUUCUAAACAGUUCCGCAUAUGACGUCAGCCACCGCAUAAUGGCGGAAGUACCAGAGUUCGAUAUCAUGGUGGACGCGGAUGAUUUGAAUAACCGUAAAAAUGUUGUCAACCAAGUCCUGGCCAAGUUGGGCAAGGACUGGAAACCAGAAGAUGUGAAAAUUGAGGAUGUUGAUGGUGGACAAGCAAACCGAAUGCUAAGAUGCUACACCCGAUCUAUCGAUGACGGAAUACUUUUUCGUGUAACACGUGAUAGAUUUCCGACUUUCACUAACUUGGAAAGAAAUUUUACCAUUUAUCGGUUGAUGGAUGACAUUGGAGUGGGACCCAAUGUUUUGUGUCGUCUGCGAAAUGGGAUUUGUUAUGAAUACAUCAUGGGGAAGUCAUUUUCCAUGAAAAACUUUCCUGUCGAAUUUCGGGACUUGACAGUGACAAAGUUAGUUGCAAAAGAACUUGCAAAGAUUCACUCCAAAAAGACAAAAAGCCUCGCCCUCGAGAAAUACAACAUGACGCCGGAGAAUUCAAAAUGGGGGAUAUUCGAAUGGUUGUUGGACGAGUACGAGAAGCCAAUGAUGGAAGAGGAAGCACAGCAAAUUAAGGACUCGCCAGCAUUCCCAACAAAGGCGGAAUUCCUCGCAGAGAAGCAGGAGAUAGAAGAGGUCGUCAGUGGUCUGGGGUUCGAUCGCGUGUUCAGUCACAACGAUGCCUAUUUUGGGAACGUCAUUCAUAAUGAAGAAAAAGGAACUGCCAUGAUUGUUGACUACGACGUCUGCUCAUACAACAACCAAGGCUUCGACAUCGCCAAUUUCCCCAUCGCUAGCGCGGUGGGGUAUUUGGCCAUUGACCGAAGGGGAGAGAAACGGUCGCUCAACACCCCGGAGUUUUACCGCGAGUACUUGUGGUCGUAUCUCGAGAAGCUUAGCGAAGUCGACGAAUGGGGGCGUGACAUCACAGAAAAAGAUGUCGAGCGGAUGUAUGUUAAAAUUCAGAAGAUGACGCUGUAUUGUAUUCUUUACCUCGUUACCAUAUGUGUCCUGGUUGGGACCAAACCGGCUCUGAGGCCGGGACAAGGACCGCGGCAAGUGAUGGACGCGGGCAGAGAUCUCUGGAGGCUUUACCGAGAACUAAAGAAUGAGGUUUUGGCAUUGGAAAUUCCAUCUGCCGAUUGAUCAAUCCGUUUUUAGAGAAACAACAAACUAAGUUCACAUGAUGUAUCAUUUAGAAAUAUUUACAAUUAUCAUCAAUAUGUAUGUAUGAUACUUACAUGUUCAAUUUUAUAUACAGUACAUAAUAAAUAACCGAGCGAAAAAUGUA